CUUGUACGAACAGUACUGCUUGAAGGCUUGUUUCACCAGAGCCUGGAUUCUGCGAGGAUCCUUCUUGGCUCCCUCCUGCUUGUGAUAAGCAAUGCAGUGGAAGACACAUUUGUUAUUAGUCUUGGGGAAAUUGAUAACGUGAUGGUUUUUACGAAUAAUCUUAGGGAUGACCGCAUCACUAUCCCCAAGAGCAUGGUUGCGAUGAUAGAUUUGAGCUUGUUUGCCAACUCCAUUGAACGAAUCUCAGAGAUUACUUUCUUACGGAUGUCAGCCUUGCUAUUGAUAGCA